AUGGGGGCGGAUGGCGGCGGGGGGGCUGCGGCGGGGCUGGGGCGGCUGCUGCUGGGGGCCCGCGGGGGGCCGGGGCCUCGGCUCCGCCGCGUACUCGCGGCAGCAGCAGAGUUCACCUCCCUGGAGGAGAAGCCGCAGUUUCCUGGAGCCUCGGCCGCUUUGGACAAGCUGGAUUUGAUCCAGCCCAACGUGAUCUCGGAUCCCAUCUACCGGGUCAUGACCGGCAGGGGCAAGAUCAUCAACCCAGACGAAGAUCCCCAGCUCUCGCAGGAGCAGGUGCUGAAGUUCUACAAGACCAUGACGCUGCUCAACACGAUGGACCGGAUCCUGUACGAGUCACAGAGGCAGGGCAGGAUCUCCUUUUACAUGACCAACUACGGGGAGGAGGGGACACACGUGGGCAGCGCCGCAGCGCUGGAUGACUCAGACCUGGUGUUCGGGCAGUACCGGGAAGCAGGUGUGCUGAUGUACCGGGGUUACCCCCUGGACCUCUUCAUGGCCCAGUGCUACGGCAACGCCAGCGACACCGGCAAAGGGCGCCAGAUGCCGGUGCACUAUGGCUGCAGAGACCGGCACUUCGUCACCAUCUCGUCCCCACUGGCCACACAGAUCCCCCAAGGUGAGACCCUGAACCCCUCGGGUGCCCCACAGACCGUCGGACGGCAACCACCUCCCAAAGGGGCUGGGGGGAAAUCCCUACCCGCAGCCCCCUGCUAACCCAGCUCGCAGCC